AACGUUUCUUAUUUCUUAUCAUUUAUCAUCGUCACCAAUAGCCAACUUGUCGGUGGGAGGGCAACGAAAACUUUUUCGCGACGUUCGCAACAUUUAUCGACAUCGACACGGGCUCGACUCGAUCGAAAUACGGCAAAAAUACGUUGCGCCAACUACGUGUUUUACAAUUCCCCAACUUUUUUAACGUGUCCCUGUUCCCCGUGUAGAAAAAUAAACGAGCCAGCUCGAAACAAAUGCCGCUACGUUUCCGAAACGUGGCCCGGCCCCAAGAAUCGGCGUGGCGCUUGUCGAUUUGACUUCCAAAUAGGGCUGUAGGACUCGAGAUCACGUUCCAGGGACACCGGUUUUCGAGGCAGUCAGUCGUCUGGUAGCAACGAGCGACAACGAAUCCAUGCGAAGUGAAUUUUAACGCGAUUCCGCUCUCGACAACUUUCCUUUCGCGCUCGUGCUAACUUUCUAACACCUCCCCACCACCCCCUCUGUGCUUUGAUACUCGUUCCUUGCAUUCUCCCUCCCUUUUUUUCUUUUAUUCGCGCAUUUUUUUUCUUUUAUUUUCCUUUUUUUCUUUUUUUUUUUUUUUUUCUUCCGCCGUUCUUGUUCUCUUAUCGCGACAUUGAUAAAUGAUCCACCUCUCGCGCGUUGAGAGAAUGGCGCACGCGACUAAACGAAAGAAAUAUUAAGGGAACAACGAGCUACGCCCUCCAUUCUUCGAGUUUUUCUUCUCGUUACGAAGCCAAGAACAAUGGAGAGCAAUCUUGCGAGAGAGUUGUGGGCAGCUUACGCCUGGUGGUCGUGCGUUCUCGUUCUGAAGAUGAACGCCUUGACUUGGUUCACUGGGCGAAUUCGAGCGACCAGACAGGUGAUCCACAGCGAGGAGGAUAGAAGAUGGUUGAAAGGUACCGAUAUAAUUUUAUGCCCGACAGGAGGCGGACACGUGGACGUGGAUCGCAUUCGAAAUGCACAUCAACAUGAUCUCGAAAUCGUGGUCCCUUAUCUGUUAAUUGCACCGAUAUGGUUGAACACGUCACCGUUGUUUCCUCUAGCUAGAAUGAUUUUGCCCGCUUUUGCAACAGUCAGCAUAUCGUACACGCUGCUCCACAUGAGAAUCGUGAACGUGCAUCGUUAUUGUAAAAUUGUUCUGUCCGCUUUGGAACUUUUCCUUUUAAUAUAUAUGUCUGUUACCUCUCUUAUUCAUUACGCAUGAUUUGUAAAAAUAUAUACUCUUAGAAAUACAUUUUCAUAUUAUAUAAGCAAGCUGUCUAUCCUUUAUAAAUGAAAAGCUAUGAUUUAUUAAUUAUGAAUAAAAAAAAUGCUGAACGAAGAAGUGAAAA